AUCACCGGAAGCGACGCUGCGGCAGCUUCCGGCCGCGGCGCGGUUGGCGAUGACGAUGGCGGGCAAGAGGUCGGGCCGAGACAAGCGGCGGAAGCGGAGCCACGGCGAGGACAGUCACGGGGAGAGGAAGCGUCUCAACUCCGACUCGAGCGCAGUCGAGAUUAUAUCAAAAACUGGUGGUAUAGUGGACAGCGAGGAAGGAUAUCUAAGUUUACUACAGGAUCCAAAUCAGUUGGAAAGGUGGAACAAGGAACGGCAAAUAAAAUUUAACUCCAAUCAGCGUGAGGCAGGAAGAAUUGCUUCAGAAAAAGAGGCAGCCACUGAGCACAGUGACUUUGAAGAGGGAGGUCUCGACCUUAGUAUUUCCUUGAAACCAAUCAGUUCGUAUAUCUCUGAUAGGAAGGAAAUGCUCGAACAGUGCUUCAAAAUUAUUGGUGAAAAAAAACUCCAGAAGAUGCUCCCAGAUAUUUUGAAGCAGAGCUGCUCUGUAGAAGAAAUUAAAUCAUUAUGCUUGGAGCAACUGACACUUCUAUCUGAUAAGAAACUUCUCCAAAUUAUUGAGGGUGAAGACCUAGGAUCUUCUGAGACUGAGGAGGAGGCAGUAGAGAGUGAUAGGUGCAAGAAAAAAUUGGAAACAGAAAGCCAAUCUUACUGUCUGUCUGUAGCACGUACCCAAGGACAAAUUGCCAUUAUCAGACAAGACAAUAAUGUAGACUCCACAUCUUCCUAUAAAGAACACAAGGACCAAGAAGCUCCUGAAUUGAGAAAGGGUGGAGCUUCUGGAGAUGAAAGUGAUGCCCUGAGCAUAAAUGCUGAAGCAUACGAUAGUGACAUAGAGCAAAACUGCAACGAACAAGAAGAAAGUACAGAUGUGUUACUGCAUAGAUGUGCACCUACGCCUGUUGGUGUUGCAGAUGAGAUUCAAAAGGACAUUGAAAAGAGUGUAAAUGAGAUUCUUGGUUUGUCGGGGUCUACUACAGGGAAAGAUCAAUCGGCUGCUGCUCUCAAUGCUGACAGUGAUGGACUUCAACCUUCAGCACAGCAACUGGAACUGCUCGAAUUGGAAAUGCGAGCCAGAGCAAUCAAGGCUCUUAUGAGAGCUGGAGAUAUCAAAACACAGACUUAACCACUACGACAAACUGAGUUGUGACACUUAAGGGAAGGUUAAAAACUGUCAUAAGCUAACACUACAGGCCAAACAGAAGAUCUGCUUUGUUACCACUCUUGCCUUUGUUCUUCCUCCUCCAGACUUACAACUGUAUUUUUGUGCUGGAAUCUUCUGUUAAUAUCAUUCUUAAAUCAACUAUUGAGUUCCCUUUGUUAUUGAUAUUUGCUGUUGAAAAUACUUAGUAAAAGAAAUGUGAUGAAAGCAGGUAAAGAUAUUUGAAUGUGCAAUCUGUACUCGUCAAAAUAGUACCUGAUACAUCAUUGCACCCUGGAUGGCCUGGCAGCGAAACUGUGACCUCGUUUCAGUCAAAUGUUUACAGAGUACUACUGGUUGGAUGUGGCAUUGUUGUAAAGAUUCUACUAACAAAGCCUGCUCAUUUUGCCCUCAGCAGUUUAACUAGUUAACUGGGGAGUCAGCACUUUGAAUUGAAGUAAAAGAAAGGAAAAAAUAUUCACUGGUUGAGAGAAUUAUAUCUCAAUCUAUUUUCUACCUUGUAAUGUGAAGCACUAUUACUAAAUUCACUGAUUUUUGAAUAACAUUUGUUGGUACAAAUCUGACCCAUCGUUGUGAUGACAGCCUAUUGGGCAUAAAUUUAUUUUAAAACAUAACUUCAAAUACUGGAGCAAAAAUCUGAAUUGCAUAUAUUGCCAGGUUUAUAAUUGAAAAAAAAUCAGGCACAUCUAUUGAACAAGGAAAUUACAUGAAUGCAGAAUAUUUAGUUUAUUAUAUGGAUAAAGAAAUGUUGGUGUCAUUUUUUUGCUUUUAACUUUAACUAAUAUUCUAAAAAACAAUUUAAGAUAAAGACCACGAUUUAUUUACCUGUUUCAAGUUUGCUUCAAAAUGUGAAGUCACUGCAUACAGACCUUUUGGUGACUAGUCUGCAUAGUUGAAAAUGGUUGUUCUUCAGCAUUUGAUAUUCUGAAAACCUGCACCAUGUCUAAAAAUAACAUCAAUUUUAAUUAGAACAAAAGAAAAUCACUUUUGAUUAUUUUGUUGAAAACAGUUUUCCAAAUGUGCUCUUAAAAACAAAAUUACAAUGAUUUCAUCAAAAUUGAUUUAACCAAAAGCAUGUUAUUUGUGUGCAUUAACAAAUAUUACAUUAUUUUAAUGUUCCUGUCUGGCAGUUGUUUGGAUCACCUUUUUUUGUGAUUGUUCACUUAAAAACUUAAUUGUAUUUAAUUUGAGCAAACAAGCAAUUUCAUACUUUGCAGUUUACAUCUGCAAAAAUGUUUCUUUGAGGAGAAUGAAUCAGAAUCUUCUCAUGAAAGUAACAAAAAGUAUAUGUAAAUUGAACAAAGAUUAUUCCGUGUACUGCUAGAAAGCAUAAUGCCAUUUUCCACUGUAAAACUGAGAUCAAUGACAUUAUCUUUGACAUCAUCCCUGUCUUGAUUUAAAUGCAAUUAAACCUCAAUGUGCUAUGAACA